AUGCAGGCCUCAGAAAGACAUGUGAGAAUAAGAAGAAGCGCCGCCAGCGUGGAAAGACCUCUGCAGUUUGAAAUCCAGGCCCCUAAGGGUGGUGGUGCAGUUUUUACUCUCCAGGGAAAGUCCAUCAGGUUCAAGGAACAGAAGCUACACCGUCAACAGGCAAAGGAAGAGAAACAACGAAAGUUGCAAGAACGGAAGGAUAUAUGGGCCUUUGCACGAGAAGCCCGCCUCCAUGAGGCAGAGGGAAAAAAGCUCCAAAAGGAGGAGGAGCGCCUGGCCAAGGAAGCAUCUGUACAGCUUCAAAAUGACUUCAAAAUGGCCAGAAUAGGCAAGAAGAAGUCCCCAGCAACAUCAAAAUUAAAGAACCAAGAAGUUGUUGCUGCCCCAGCGCCUGAAGUUGUUGAUGAGGCCCCUCCCAUCAUGAAUCGUCGAGGCAGGCAGAUCCGGCUACCACAGCGCUUUCGGAACUAA